CUGUGGUAAACAGAGCUGCAGAGCGGCGGGAGUCACAUCAUGUCAGACUGGUCACCUCUGCUCGCCCCGUCGUCUGUCUGCUGUGGUUUAUAAUGGGCGGACUGGUGUCCACGGUGUUACAGGUGGACUAGUCAGACAGGUUUGGACUGGAGGCCUUUUGUUCACUUCUUCUGAUUGAGAUGUAGCCAGUUGGAAAGUUAACAUGAAGAUAGUCGCAACCUUAGCGCUUCUACAACUGUGUUUAUCUGCGGCAGCGGCAGUUUCGGGUAAUGGCUCCACCGAAACGGCGGUGACAGCCGCGCCGGGCGACGUCGCUGUACUUCCGUGUUACACCGUCGGUACCGUGACACCGAAUUUAACGGCGUGGACGAAAAACGGACGAGAACUCAUUCGAGGUGGCGGCUCCUCACCGAGCCCCGCACCCGCCGGCCAGCGCGUCACAGUGCUGCAUGAUGGGAGUCUGAACAUCAGGGAGGUGAUACCUGGGGACGAGGGCAGCUACCUGUGCAACGCCACGCUGCCAGGCAACAGCACCUUUCAGGCACGUGUCCUGCUCCAAGUAGCCAGGGGUCCAGAAAACGUGUCCACGUCCAUCGGUCCAGCCACUGCCCUGUCCAACGGGACGCUCAUCGCCUAUCGGGGCUCCAGCGUCUCCUUUAACUGCUCCGGCUCCUCUUACCCCUCUCAGCAGCUCACCUGGGUCUUCAGCGGAGGCGCGUCCAGCAUGGAGUCGCUGGUCUCAACCUCUGGCCCCUGGCUGGACUUCGGGCUAAAGGACAUUCAGCCCAGCGCUCAGGGAGUUUACAGCUGCAGAGCCCACAACACCGUCUCUCACCAGGCGGUCAAUAAGAGCACACAGCUGCUAGUAUACUAUGUCCCAGACAGACACCCCGAGUGUAUGUGGGCGCCAGCGCUGGACCCUGCCCGCGUCCAGUUCAACUGCACCUGGUUUGGAGCGUACCCCGCCCCGACGCUGCGCUGGGGGGACGAGCAGGGCGACCAGGAGGCUAACCUGAAAGGGCGCGUCUAUGCAUCGGAGGUGACGGACAGCCUGUCGGUGACGCUGAACCGCUCCUCACUGUCCAACGGGCAGACGCUGAGGUGCACGGCCAGGCACCUAGCGCUCGCUGCGGGGACGGAGAAGUCGUGUUCGUUUACCUUCAAGCCUCCAUAUCCUGAAGGCGAGCCGCUGGUCACGGCUCAGGAGGCGACCAACGUAACUCUGCUCUGCACCGAGGCCAUGUCCAUCCCCCCUGCCAACACCACCUGGAGAAAAGGCCUCCAGCAGGAGGACAUUGUACCCGGUUCCAAGUACGUGCUGUCUGAGGAGGGCCCCACCCUGAAGCUGACCAUACUGAACGUCAGCAAGGACGACGAAGGCGCCUACUUCUGCCGCAGCGAGAACCCCCUCGCCGUCCGCGAGCUGGAAGUCUACCUCACUGUGAGGACUUCCUCCGCAUACACAGGAGCGAUCAUCGGGAUCUUUAUCGCCGUACUGAUUGUGGGCUCAGCCGCAGUCGUAGCUAAAACGGUUUACUCCAGCCGGCACCGGAUUUGCCUGGGAGGUGGCUUCCAGCAUAUGGAGGAGGACAGAGGCGACGUGCUGAGUCUGGUGGACUCGGACGACGAGCAGAUCUUUCAGGAUGCCGUUCCCCGGCUGCCUCCGUUAACCAACGGGUCCCACACAACUCUUGUCCAGAUACAUCGAAUCCCGUCAAGUGAUCAUGAGGAUGCAGAAACUGCUGACACGAGCCCAGAGCAGCAGGAAGAAGCUGCACAGACAGAAGAGCCAGUGGAUCUCGUGACAUUUUAGGUAUUGGGUGCUUUUAGAGAAGUGUUUUAUUUUUAGGUACAUUUACUCCCAGCGAGAAUGUGAACAGAAUUGGUGGAAGACUCGUGUUAAAAAAAAAUCGUGUUUAAUUUGUUUUUUUUAUUAUUUUUAAACAGGGGUUUGUAAGCGUAUUUGUAUGAUUUUGUUUGUACAGCAUUUUGAAUAUGUGGCUCUGAUUCUGAGAUCCAUGCCAUAAGUGAAGCUGUUUUAAAUAAAAUGUGACUGGCA